AUGGGCGACCCUUCGAGAUACGAAGCCUACCGGGUCCUUCAACGUAACGAUAUCCCAGCCGUCGUAUGGCUCGAGGACGCGCUUGGGUACUACGGCAUGAACACUGUCUUGUUCCGACUUCACAUCAUCGUCCCAUCGAUUGACACCGCCGCCGAAGCACUCCAGCUGCAAGGAUGGACAUUGUAUCAACCGCGGCCACGUGAUCUGAGAUCAUUCCUCUCAGACUUACCUCCUUCUAGCUAUCGCCGCUUGUUACCUCCGGACUGGGUGGAAGAUCCAGUGGAGCCGUGGCCCCCUUUGCCUCCUGAUCAAGUGGUGGAAAGACAGCCUGAACUCGUACUUUUUUCAGCCGACUUUUGGCACGUCUCUCUCCAUGGUAACAAAUCCAUGUUUCCUCCGCUCGAGAUGCUCGUCAACUCCUUAAUCACCGCGAUACUGGACUCGCCCGACGGGACUUUUCUACAGGUCCGUCUGGGUGUUUACAUAUGCGCUUUGUACUCUGAAGUGGCGCCUCUAAGACACCCUGACUUUGCGGCAAGCCUGAGUCCUACCAAUCGGCAUUUUCACCAUGACGGAGUCAAUGGUAUGCUAGUGACCACCAUUCCUGCAAUUAACCGUCAACGUAAGUUUCGGGACGCACUCGCGGAAUCGUGA